CGGUAAUGCACAUGCUGACACCGUGGAACGCUGGAUCGGUGUGAUCCCAUCCAUCCAUACCCGGCAGGGCCCCUCCCCCCCAUCUCGUCACCACAUGUCACCCACCCAUUGAGACUGGGGCCUCGAACUGUUUCCCAUGUUAGUCCCAGCAUGCAUGUCGAGCCCAUCUCCCCUCUCCCCUCGUCCCCUUGCCAUGUACAUCGUACCUGUCUCUCUCUCUCUCUCUCCACCCCGAGCAAAUCCCCAGCAAGCUAAAGUUGACUUGGCCAGCUCGCCAGCCGACAGACGAGGUAUACUCUCUAGUCUGUCUGUAUCCAUACCCUACCUGCUAUCCGUACUCUGUAUCCAUAUCCGCUUAGUGUACAUGUACGGAUCAACUGAGACUGCCAAACUCGACCCCGUCAGUCCACCCGUCCACCCGUUCACCACCGUCCACGUACACUACAUAUUACGCACCGCACCUCUGCCGCCCAAUACCUGCGUCCCGGCCGCCCGCAUCCGCAUCCCCGUCCCAUUCUUUCCCCCUUCCCUCCUCGGACGCGGCCGACCUCCAAUCGCCUCCCCUACCCCCAUCCCCUCCCCCUUGGCAGCCUUGAAGACAUAUACUUUGCUGGUUGAUGCAUCCGUGAGUGAGCUGACACAACCGGGGAAGGGCUUCCGGCGGCAAGAACCCAGAACCCAGAAACCCAGAAAUAUCCCCCCCCCGAGGUUCCCCCAAGAGCCUCAUCAUCAUCACCAUCAUCAUCACCAACAACAACGUCGUCGUCCUCAUUAAGAAAGAAGGAAAGAAUAAUAAGCUUCCCAUGCCAAAGAAAAUACGGUUAUCGUUCCGGUCUGCAGUGUUG